CUGAUGCGUGCGCCUUCGUGGUUUCCAGACUCAGUUAAAUGAUGUAGUAUGUUUCGUCAGAUAGAGAUGAAACUUUUUCAAAUGUGUUAACUGACCGACAAUAAUUUAAAUGUGUCGUGUAUUGUAUCGUGACCGUGCAAUAUCAUACAGAACAUGAAACAAUGGCAGACAAAACAAAAAAAUUAUCACGUUGGUAUUUUGGUGGGCUUUCGUCUGCAGGUGCUGCUUGUGUUACACAUCCCUUGGAUUUAUUGAAGGUGCAUUUACAAACACAGCAGGAAGGCAAAAUAUCUGUAGUACGAUUAACUACCAAUAUAAUACAGAAACAAGGAAUUUUGGCUUUAUACAAUGGCCUUAGUGCUUCUUUGCUUCGACAACUUACAUAUUCUACCGCCAGAUUCGGAGCAUACGAAGUAGGUAAACAAACGUUUGAAACUCCCAAUAAACCUAUGCUAUUUCAUGAAAAAUUACUACUGGCUGGUUUUUCUGGUAUGAUCGGAGGUGUUCUUGGAACACCAGGAGAUGUGGUUAAUGUACGCAUGCAGAAUGAUAUAAAACUAUCACCAGAAUUAAGAAGAAAUUACAAGCAUGCUUUAGACGGAGUGGUGUGCAUAAUUCGACAAGAAGGUGUAUCUAAAAUAUUUAGUGGCUGUUCCACUGCAACAUUAAGGGCUGCAUUAAUGACUAUUGGACAACUGAGUUUCUAUGAUCAAAUAAAAAUUAUAAUGUUGCAAAGUGGUCAUUUUGUAGAUAAUCCUCUUACACAUGUGUUGUCGAGUGUAUGUGCUGGUGCUAUAGCUACAACUCUCACACAGCCAUUAGAUGUAUUGAAAACUCGUGCAAUGAAUGCUAAACCAGGAGAAUUUAAGAACCUUGCAGAAUUAUUUUUAUACACUGCGAAGCUUGGACCAACGGCAUUCUUCAAAGGCUAUGUACCUGCGUUUAUCAGAUUAGCUCCGCACACUAUUCUCACUUUUGUCUUUUUGGAACAACUGAGGUCUAAUUUUGGAUUUUAUCCAGUUCAAAAUUCAACAGCCUAAACUUGAAUUAUUUUCUGAGAAGCACAAAAUAUUUUUAUAUGCCAAGUUAUGUGGAAGUAUUGAAAUGCUCUCAAACAUUUGAAAAACCAGGUGCCACACAGUUCGAAUUGUGUCAUCUUAUAAUUACGUGGUUAAGGACCUAUAGUUGAUAAGAAAAAAAUAUGAAUCAUCCAAGAUUCGAAUCUUGCUCCGGCUCUAGUAAAACUUUUAUUGGCUAACCCUUAUUGUUAGUUCUUUAGGUUGCAUUAUAAGCGAAUUUAAAAAAUGCAAAAUUUUUAACUGCACUAAACAAAUGACAAGUUAUAGCCUUGAGUGAAACAUUUACAGAACUAGUAAUUUGCUGAGAUAGCCAUAAUAGUGGAUUGCGAAAAUCCUUCAUUACAAACACAGGCUGGCUGUCAGCAUUAUAUUGCUUUUGUUCACUUUGGGAACAAUAUAUACUCCAUUUAUCUCAAUUUAAAAUCUGAUUAGACGUUACUUUCCUUUUUGGUAAACAAAAUUCACAAUUUAAUAUGUCAGAAGCUGAGUUUGUAAACAAUGCAAUACGGAUUGCAACGAUCCCUCGAAACCUAUAAAUAUCGGUUUAGUAGAACAAUAAAUGUGUGCCAUUUUAUAUUUUACAUAACUAUGUACGUAUGUAUAGGUCUCCAAAGGGAUCACUUUAACUAACUGCUACGAAAAGCUAAUUCUCAAGAUUUGUUCUUUCCAACCACAAAUCUAUUGACAUUUGAUAUAUAAAUAUAUCGAAAAUGAUCUAUGAAUUUCACUUGAAUAAAUUCUAUUUUUAUCGUACACCUUUUGCGCUGUUAAAAAAAUCACAGCUUAUUAUUAAAUGUUCAGUAAUAUUUGGUUCAGAUAAAUGGAGUCAUGUUAUAUUUACAGUUAUAUUAUUUUUAAUCGCUUAAUUUUGUAUAAGAUAUUGUAUAGGGAAAAAUUGUGAAAAAUUUUUAGAUCUUUUCAAGAUGACCAUUUACAAUCGUAAAUAAUUAUCCAUGGCAUUUGAAGAUAUGUACCUGAAACGAUGUGUAUCAUGGAUCAGAAUAUUGAUUCACCCUCGUCGAACAGAAACAUCUUAAUUUCUGUAACAAAUUCAUUCAAUUAUUUACCAAUGUAUGAAAUUUGAUGUAGGUAUAAGAUACAUACCUAUAACAAAAGAUCAUUCCAAUCGAUACUGUAGUUUGAAUUUCGUACUGCGUGAACACACGUUUCUGUAAUACUUUCUAAAACAUCCUAAACACAAAUGUGAUUCAAGGAAUUGCGUCUGGUUACAGUCUGGUUUCAAAAAAACAAGUUGAAACACGAUUCUAAAUUCGAUUGUAUCGGAAUAUUAAAAAAUUGUAAAAAUGUAAAAUUCUGCAGGGUUCAACAAACUAUAUCAUUUUACGCUACAAUUUGUUCGUUGCGGCGUAACCAAAUUAAAUAUAUGAAGUAAGUUGAUUGAAGGUUGAAUAUACUUUGAAAUAAAUUGUAAAUAUUUCGUUAUAUUCAGUGUUCAAUAAUCUUACGUUAAAAAAUGCGUUCUUUUUGCAACGAUAGCGAAUGACGAUUCGAUAUAUCGAUAUGUACAAAAAGGAUUUAGUGUAUUGUAUGUACAUAUACUAAGAAAAUUGAGGCAUACAAUGAUAGAAUAUAACAGUAUAUACUUUUUACUGUUUUGGUGCUCUUCAGGUCUAAGAUUUUUUAGAGAUUGCACGAAACGUAAGCGCCAAAGCUUAUAUCGCACGGACAAGAAACGUUGUUUUCUGUUACUUUCAUAAUUAUUGGAAUAACAUAUGUAGUUGCUGCGCCUUUUUAUCAGUUAAGUCGAAAAUAGCUGCCGUACAAAAUAAUACAUUCCAUAUGGUAACAAGCGUUACUAUACUACACUUAAGUACCAAUAUACUAAAUACAUACAAAACUUUGUACUCGCAUA